AAUUUUCGCACAAAGUUUGUUCGUUUCAUCGACGCAGGUACCGGCGUCUGCGUCUGCGUCUAGACGCAGCGUCCAGCGUCAAGACGCCGAAAAAACUAGCGGUCGCGUCUUUUUUUAUGCGUCUACUUUACCUAUUUACCAAUCCACCCUUAAUUUAAUUUGCUAAUUACCAAAAUACCUAAACCUAUUGACGCAGACGCUUCUCUUCUCCGAUAGACGCCUCAGCUUCUCUUCUCCAGCUCUCUCUCGAUCUCUCGAUCUCAAACGCAGCUCUCUCUCUCUCAUUGUCUCCAUCUCCGACACAGACCGCUCUAUCAUCUCCGGCUCGAGCACUCUCUUCGCCAACACAGACCACGAGCUCUCCCAUGUCCGGCUCGACCUCUCUCUUCUCCGACGCAGACCACGAGCUCUCUCAUCUCUGGCUCGAGCUUUCUCUUUUUCGACACAGACCACGAGCUAUCUCACCUCGACAGAGAUCUCUCGAUCUACCCAUCUCCCAGCUCAUCUCAUCUCAAGCUCUCUCUUCUCCAUACCUUUUCAUGACUCUUCUCUUUCCUCUUGUUAUCAUCUUCCACAGGUCUUCAGAGCUCUCUCUCUUCUUUGCCGCAGCUCGAGCUAUGUCAUCCUCUCUCUCUUCUCCACCUCUCUCAAACUCUCGACCUUCUCUCCAUCUCUCAGGAACCCUUUGUUCAAAAUAGUGGUCUGAGCUUCUGGUCUUACCUUGUAGCUGUGUGUCUUUACUUGUGAUGUUUCUGAAUUUGAAACUGUCUAAGCUUUUCGUCCUGGUUCAUGGCUGAUAAGAGUUUCUAAUACAUGAUAAUUGCUAAGGUGGACUCUUCCCAUUAUACUUGUGGUUGUUAGUAGAAAGAGUAGCUGUCAUCUCACUGUUUUUCUUCUUCAUCUCAUUAUACUUCACCAAUGGAGGAAGCUCCCACUCUUCCACAUCCAUGGUUAGUAGUCUUCUGACCGGUGAAAGCCUAUCUGGGGGAAGUAUUACUGAACAAGAGAAUCAGAAUCUUGAACUAGAGGUGAGAAGACUGAGACUCGAACUGCAACAGUUUAAGUGUACCAUGGCCCGAGAAACUGUCUCAAGCUCUCCCAAGCUUCUCUCACUCAAGCUCUGUCAAGCUUUUCUCACUCAAGCUCUGUCAAGCUUCUCUCACUCAAGCUUCUCUCAUUCAUAUCUCACACAAGAGUGGAGAACAACACGUAUUACAGUAAACAAGAGACCUGUUGAGAUCGUUUGACUCGCAGCAAAGGCUAAGCUGUUUUGAUUCUAACGUCUUUACACAAACCAGAAGCAGCAAUGUUACCAAAUUAUAACUAAUACAAAUUCAUCAGAAGCAAGCACCCAAUUACACAACUGAAUACUAUGAUUCUACAUUGCAGAUAAAAACUGGUGGAGUCCCAUCUACAAUGGGUUUUUGCUUCAUUAUAUCAACCAGAUUUAACCCAAUUCAACCUAUAAUCCUCUCUUCAUAAUUCGACCAUUUGGAUAUGGCAAAAGCUUCUCUCAGCACUAUUACUUGAUCAAUUACCAUUAUCUUUCUCUUGACGAUCAUGAAAGAACCAGAAUUCAAAAUCAUUAUCUUUAAAACAUAUUUGUCUUAUUUGUUUGAAGUGAUAAUUUCAAAAAUUAAAUGUAUGAUUUUAUCAUAUUACUUUAGUAUAAUUUUUUUAGUAUGAUUGAUUAUGAUUAUAAGUA